AUGAGUGUUGAAGAUGUUGAUACUAGCAGCAGGCCACUAGUCGAAACGACAUUGAGGCUUGUUGGGGUGGGUUCCAGUGAUGAGGGAAUUGAAAAGCUGCUACUUGUACUCAAAAGUGAUACGCUUGUGGGAACUGCACUGACAACUAUAAAAGUCGAAGAUGUUGAUGCUGAAGUUAUGCUACCCGCAGUUGUAGACUCCACAUCCAGAAUUGUCGAUGUAAGUGAUGAAAGGCUUGGCAAGGUACUGCUCGGGCUUAUGAGCACCACACUUGCAGAUCCCAGACUGGCGAGUGAGUUUGUGGAAGAUGUUGCAACCUCUAAGCUACUUGUAGGAAGCGCAUUUGUCGACAUAGAGAGCAACGGAAGAGUCGGCGAGCUACUAGCUGUGCUCACUAGCACCACGCUUAUAGGUGUCGCACUGAAGACUUGGGAUAUCGAAGACGUUGUGACUGGCAAUAGGCAACUUGUUGAUGCUACAUUGAAGUUUGUCGACGUGGAGACUGAUGAAAGAUUCGACAAAGUGCUACUGGUGCUCCCCGGUACCAAGAUUGAGAGUGACGAGGUUGUCGACCUUGACCGUGUUUGCAAAGAGCUACUUGUGCUUAUGACCCCCAUAACGCUUCGGGUGGUUGUGCUGAACGGUCUCGGAGAAGUCAAUGAAGAACCGCUUGCCGGUUUUGAACUUCCCUGCGUGGAAGAGAGGGAUUUGGAGCUGGACGUCAAGGACACACUUGAGGAUUUGGAAGAAGGCGUGCCAGGUAUCUUUGAGGAGGAAAUAGACGAGAGUGUAGAAGAACGUGUUUGUGACGCAUUUUUAGAGGAGACGAUUUGA